AUCAUACACUUAGGGCACAAUACAGAGAUCCUUCUGCUAUGGCAACUGAUUCCGUACUCUCUCUUCUUCUUCAUGAUGAACUCAUAACAGAGAUUCUCUUAAAGCUUCCUGUCAAAUCUCUGUCGAAAUUCAUGUGCGUUUCUAAAUCAUGGCUUCAACUAAUCUCUAGCCCUGAUUUCGUGAAAAACCAUAUCAAGUUAACUGCUAAUGACAAACGAUACAUCCAUCACAGGCUUAUAUUUCGAAAAACCAAUGAUGAUUUCAAGUUUUGUCCUCUCCUUCCCUUAUUUACCAAACAACAACUCAUUGAGGAGCUAUUCCACAUCAAAAGAUCCUCUUUAUCAACUCACAUUGUCGGCUCCGUCAAUGGGUUGAUUUGUGUUGUCCAUGGCAAAAAAGAGGCAUAUAUAUGGAACCCCACUAUUACCAAAUCAAAGGAAUUACCCAAGUUUACAUGUAAUUUGUGCUCUGGUUAUAUCAGAUAUGGUUUCGGAUAUGAUGAGUCACGUGAUGAUUAUAAAGUCGUAUUUAUCAAUUAUCCUUAUAAUCAUUCUAGUAGUUCCGAUAUGACGACUGUGGUCAACAUAUGUAGUUUAAGGACUAAUUCUUGGACAACACUCCAUGAUCAGCUUCAGGGCAUCUUUCUAUUAAAUCAAUAUGGUAGAUUUGUCAAUGGGAAGCUUUAUUGGACUUCAUCGACUCGUAAUAAUCACUACAAGGUGUGCAACAUCACUUCCUUUGAUUUAGCAGACGGGACGUGGGGAAGCUUGGAGCUUCCCAGUUGUGGAAAAGACGAUUUUGAUAUCAAUUUGGGAGUUGUGGGAAGUGAUCUUUCUCUGCUUUAUACUUGUCGACGAGGUGCUGCUACCUCUGAUGUAUGGAUUAUGAAGCAUUCUCGAGUUAAUGUAUCUUGGACAAAAUUGUUCACCAUCAAAUAUCAUCAAAAUAUUAAGACACAUAGGUGUUUUGCACCUGUUUUCACAUUCUCUAUACAUUUUCGCCACGGUGAAAUUUUGCUUCUUCUUCACUCAGCAAUCAUAAUAUAUGAUGGUUCAACAAGACAACUAAAGCACACUUCUGAUGUUACGCAAUGUGAAGAAAUCUAUGUAGAAAGCCUCGUUAAUCCCCUAACAAUAUCUGACCAGGGUCGUCGUAACCAGGAAUCUCCACAAUCAUCCUGAUAAUUUGCAAGGAUUCUGCUUAAUGAAGCUUGUUAUAAUCUUUUAUUUGCUGCCAAAGAUAGGACAAGACAUUGAACAUAUAUUUUUCCUCAUAUCGGAACUUAAUUACCGUGUCAUAAGGGUAGGACCGGUGAUUAGAAGUAGACGGAAUAGAAAAAAACAUUUGAAUUGUUGAGUAAUAGAUGCAAUAAUCAGUAUUCUGAAGUUUCAACAUAGUGCUCGUUAGAUCUCAAUUAAGGAGUUUAGCUAAUGAGAACUGUUUGAUUAAAACAAUUUUUUACAUCGAGAAAUGAUGAUUCUUUCACAUUUAUGUUGUUGCUUUUGUUUAAACUGUAUGGCUAUUUUGUUACUCUAUAAACAGAGUCAUUGUGAAAAUUUUGUCAGGCACAACCUUAACUAUUUGUUUUGAACUAUUGAAUUUCAGGAAGUGGAAGCUAAUGUUGAACACUAAUCAAUAGUUGCUGCUGAGUUCAUGGAUCGAAAUGAUGAAGCCUUGUGAUUAUCUGUUUUCUUUCGUAUUAGACUUGUAGUUCUAUCUCGUUAUCAGAAUUACAAUCAUUUGCUAUAAACUAGAAACCUGAUAACAAUUAUCUUAAAACUUGGUUUGGUAUAAACCUUUUCUUUUCUUUGUAUAAUUAGAUAUUUGAAUGUCUCUAGAAUGUGAAGAGAACCCGAUAUUGUCGAGUGCUGAAAUGAAACAGGUCCGAAAGUGUGCCAGUCUUGAAGGCACACAAUGUAUACUAACAUGUGUACGUAAUGAUU